CAUGUCAGGGGGACUUUACGCGUUUCAGGCGGAGUUGAGAUCUUAAAACAUUUGUCCAAACUUCUUCCUCCACAUAUUUGAGCCCGGACACCCUCCUGCCCCCACCGGACUAACAGCUCACGGGAUAUUUACAAUUGAACACAUUGUUUUGUACCUGAAAAGUACAGGUUUUUUUAAACCACUCUCCGCUGUGAAGCGCUCCCAGGACUGGACUGACUUUUCUGCUCUUUAUUUUACUUUUUUCUUUUUCCCUCUCAGGACUUUUAUAAAGCCCACAUGCGAUGAGAAGAAUUAAAUGAAAAAGUGAGCGUAGUUUUGCGGUGACGGCGACACAGGCUCAUUUGACAAUAUUUUUCAUUUUCUAAACCAGUUGAGCAACUGGCGACAGGACCGUAUAAUCAAUGUGGUGUCAGCUGGAAGGACGCGGGGUCCGGAUCUCACCUAAACGGUUGUCAGUGUAUCCGUUCGAAGGUCAGCCGUUCACAAUCCACAGCGCUCACAGCUGAACUCUUCCCACAUGAAGAAGCAGGGGGCAACCUCACUGUACUCGGUCCUGAUUUUCCACGGGGUCUGCCAAGAUUUGAGAGCCAUGCCCCAGCAGUUAAAGCAGCGGAGUCAUAAACUUACGGGCCACUUGUAAAACCUCUUCUUUAACGUUUUAAUGGAGCUGAUACGUCUUGGGAGUGAUGCACUGGCUUCCCCUGGUUGCCAUGGUGAUUGCCUCGGCCCUGCCCUUCCCUCACAGCCCCUUGUCCAGGAUUACUGCCGCGACGACAGAGCCUGGCUCCGACAACCGCAGAGAGCAUCGUCAUGACCCGGCAGCUCGCCUCGCAGCUCCCACCAGCAACUACAACUUUCACGGAAACGCCUCACAGACGAACUUCGACAUGGCUGCGGCUCUUGGCCAACACCCCAACGGACAAAACCUCCAGAGCCACAAGGAUUAUGUGAAAUCCUCCGCACAAGAAGAGACCUCCAUGUUCAAGGUGGACAAUCAAGGAACCUACCAAUCGAAUAGCAACUCAGGCAGCGAUGGCAAAAGCAGCGUCAGUUUGGAUGUUCCCACUGAAGGAAGAACACUCAGGGCCGAGGUUAUUUCCGAGGAUAAUUCUCGACCAAAGGACUACAAGGCUGACAGCAGCAGCAGCAGCAGGCGAGAAUACUCCGGUUCCAUGGACUCUUACAAGAGGGACACUGUUCAGGACUCAACAGAUCGACCGUUGCAGGUUUCUGCAGAGGAAAACCAUAAUACUUUUAGCCCUGCAUUAUCUCUAAAGGGUCCAACAGGACCAGAACCGACUGUUCCUUCAGAGCAGGGGUCUAGAAGAGGUCAGGCUGAGCAAAGCUUGAACGUGGAGGCAGGGCUGGGCCUUGGGAUCGGGCUGGACAACAUCCUUGAAGGAGACGAGAUGUUUUUGGACGCCCAUCCACGAGUCCUGUUCUCACCCUCCCUGUCUCCUCCAGAACACCCCCCUCUUCUUCUAAUGUUGGAGAGCGGCCCGCUGGAGGAGGUUGGGGGUGUGGAGGAGCAGGAGGACAUGGAUGGGCACAUCGAGGGUCACGGGGAUCAGGCAAUCGACAGGAGCACGACUCCGAGUUGGGCCGAUUCUUCCAGAGGAAACAGUGCGGUUGCCCAUCCUGUUAAACGGGACAAACGCUCGCACCCGAUUGACAGACGGAGAGGGGAAAAGUCAGUAUGCGAGGCGGAAAGCGUUUGGGUCACCGACAAGAAGACGGCCACCGACUCCCACGGUCAGAAGGUCACCAUCUUGCAGGAAAUCCAAACCCAAACAGGACCGCUCAAACAGUUCUUUUAUGAGACUCGCUGUCGCCAGCCCGAGCCGCAGAGCAAAACGGGCAAACCCAGAUCCCUACCGAUGGGCGUAGCGGGGUCGGGUUGCUUGGGCGUGGACAAAAGGCAGUGGUUGAGUGAGUGUAAACCCAAGCAGUCGUUUGUACGAGCGCUCACCAAAGACGCAAACAACAGAACCGGAUGGAGGUGGAUCCGCAUCGACUCGUCCUGCGUCUGUGUGCUGCUGUCCAGAACCAAUCAGGCACCAGGGAGGGAUGUCUUGAUGAGACAGGGGAGAGGAUGAGAGAGAGAGAAGUAGAGAGAGAGAGAGAGAGAGGAAGGAAGAGAGGAAGGCAAGACAUAGAAAGUGACACACAGUAGAGCAGCAGUGACGUCCCUCUGUGUGCGCUCUCACUUGCUGGUUUCCUGAAAACGAUGGAAGUGGUUCCAGCCUUAACUCACAUCUUUUCUCUCUUUUUUCCGCUCCCUGCAUCCGACACAGCGUCAAAUGACUUAAAAAAAAAAAACGAGAAGACCUCAACACUAGAUCUUAGGGAAAACUGUCAUUUAUAGAGAUUUGACUUUAAAAAGUACUGUUUUUGUAUGAUUUAUCUUUCAUAAUCUAAGUUAUUUUUUGAUUAGUAUGUAAGCAUGUGUAUGUCUCUGAUAUUAAUAUAUUCCUUUAUAUAUAUAUAUAUAUAUAUAUAUAUGUAAAAUAUGACACCACUAUACCUUUAUGUAUGAAGCUAUGUAUAUCUGUGUGUAUUUAUAGAAGAAGUGUCUGAUGAUAAUUCCAGCCUCUGGUCCACUCGGAUUGUGAGAGGAAGGAGCGCCACCUACUGAGGCUCCGUUUUACUGCUCCACACUGGUUCCAUUCUGGAUUAGCAUGAAUGUAGUAAUCAGUGCUUUUUACAGUCAACAUGUAUUCGACAUGCAAAUUACAGCAUGGGCACAUUUUUUUUUAGCAUGAUCUCACUCAGGAUGCUGAUGUGACAUUUUUUGUGGCAGGAUCCAUCUGUGUUGGGAGCUGGUUAAAUGUGGUUUGUCAAUGACAUUACACAUAAAGAGGCUAAUUUAACCAUCUGCUGGUUUGCUCAGUUUGCCUGCCAAACAUGGUAUCAGGUUAUCUGACAUUUUUAAGAACAAAUGCUGAAUUUAUCUGCUGAUGAAAGUGAGUAAAUAUCAUUUUUUCCCCUUCUUUAAUCGGUCUCCUAUUAUAGGACACGGAAAAAUUACAAACUACAGCUACAUGAAAUGCACAUUCAGACCUGUUAUGUAAAUAGAAUUGAAUACAAAAAUUCAAAUAUUCAAAUGCAAGUUAAAGUCCUGUUUCUUUUUUUUGUGUGUGAAAUCUGAACCUGCAAAGUAGCUAGUAGCUGGCAAAUAACUACUGGAAGGAACAUUGUGGUUGUGUAAAAUCAGAAAAUAGCAUUAAAUAAAAGAAAUUAUAAAUUGUAAUUAAGGAUAAUGUUAUAAUUAGUUUUGACGAGUUGUAAGAAAAACAUGGUGAAAGUUUGUUAUGAUAAGCAGAUCCACCUGGACCACUUUAUUUUUUUAUUGUUUUACAUCACCAUUUUCAUAAUCAUCUUCAUUGUUUAUUUUCCAGAUGAUAUUUUCAAUUUGUAUUACUAUCACUUUAAUCAUGGAAAUCUGUUAAAUCAUUGCACAAUUGGUUCUCAAAAUGUACACAUACAGUAGCAUAUUUGAAUGACCAUUUUCAAUGUUUUCAUAUUGACUUUUAAAACUAGUUCAGAUGAAGUCGAGAGGGGAACAGAACGUGUACAUACAUUUAUCCAAUACAUACAUACCUAAAGAAAAUAAAUAGUUAUCGUAAAAAAUAAAAAAUACAACUGAAAAAAAUACACACAUUUUACAAAUUGAUCCCCAGGCUCCCUCCCCUGUAGGUUUAUCAUACAGAUAUAUAUAUUUUUUUAUUUAACGACACCUCAUAAUCAACUUCACCACCAAAAACAAUGUUUUUAGGUCAUUGUCGUUUGUUUGACAUGCAUCGUAAACACAGAGGCUAAAGGUUUUGUUUCCUGGGCUUCCUCUGGCUCGCCCCUCUCUUCCUGACUCCCUCUGAUCUCCAAAGCCCUGGCGGGCUCUUGGUUUCUGUUAUGGCUUGUGUGUGCAGUAAAAUGACCAACUUCUGUC